GUGUAUUUACAAUAAUUUUCCCGUCAAUUACUUCUCGAAACACCUUCUUAGUUCUUACUACUGUGUAGAUUGAAUCCAUUACGAGCGUAAGAGAGAAGUAAGAGAGCCGAUGGCGAUGGCGAGAUCGGGCCUUCAAUCCGCUCUUCGGAAAGUCGCACGGAGCUCUGCUUCCAACAAGAACUUCUCUUCCUCAUCUCACCACGGCGAUGAGUAUGAAAUGGCUAAAUGGGAAAAGAUAACGUAUUUGGGCAUUGCAACCUGCACUGUUCUCGCGAUUUACAACCUGUCAAAGGGCCAUCCCCACCAUGAAGAUCCCCCUCCAUACCCAUAUUUGCACAUUCGCAACAAGGAAUUUCCAUGGGGUCCUGAUGGCCUUUUUGAGAAGAAACACAAGGGCCAUUGAUUGGUGUUUCGUUGGAUAUUUGCAGUGUAUGUAUGUUCAAUACGUUUCUUGGACUUCUGAAAUUUGCAGUUGCAAGUUGUUUUCUGUUUGUAAAUUGUUCUCCUGUAUAAAAUGCUUUUUGAACCAAUCUGUUUGGUUUUAAAACACCGGUUUGUUGAAAAGAAAUGGGAUUUCUUUGGAUCUCA